ACACAGACCUGCAGCAGGCUGACUCUCAGAGCGCUUCUUGAUCCUCUCAAUGUUCUGAAUAACCAUGUGGCACAUUAAAUCUCUUGACACGAUUAAUGGAGAGCGUGUUGAAGUUUUCAAACGAUGUGGAGCCAGUGGUGCGUAAAGAUUGGACAUGACAUGGCACGGAGGAUAAACGUCCACUCUUCUUACCUCUCCUGACAUCGGGUGUGACUUGAUGAAACGGGCUGUCGGCGUCUGGCGGACCGGUACCUGCUUAUGGAGCAAUAAUGAAUUUGAGAUGGGCAUUACUGAGACUAAGAAGAAAAGCCUUCAUUUCUUCACUGCUGUCACUGCUGACUCUGUGUGUCCUGCUAUUGCUCAGUGUCAAGUACAGAUAUGUCCCAGAGUCUGUAUCUCCUACAGCAGCGUUACAUGACAUCCAGCUGUUUCACAAACACAGCAUUAACUGUUUGGCUAUAUAUGACAUGGACCCAGUGGAGGUGGCCAAGUCGCUGAUCAUCAGACGGAAACACGUUGUGGAGGACAAGGAUGAAAGUCUAGUUAACCUCACCUCAAACUGCUCAUUAUUCAUCAAGUCCAGAGGUUACGAUAACGUGUGUGAGUCAGUGGAGGAGAAAGCCUUUCCUCUUGCUUACUCGCUGGUUGUCCAUAAAUAUGCGUGGAUGGUAGAGCGGCUCAUCAGAGCGGUGUACUCGCCCAGUAACAUCUACUGUAUCCACUACGAUCAGAAGUCUUCAGCUCCGUUCAUCUCAGCCAUGGAGGGUUUGGCUCGCUGUUUGCCCAACGUCUUCAUCGCCUCCAAGCGGGAGUCUGUCUUCUAUGCUAGCAUCAGCCGACUGAAAGCCGAUCUCAACUGUCUGUCGGACCUUUUGGAGUCAGAGGUCAAAUGGAAGUACGUCAUCAACCUCUGUGGCCAAGAUUUCCCCCUCAGGUCCAACAUCGAGCUGGUGUCAGAACUUAAGAAGUUAAAUGGAGCCAAUAUGCUGGAGACGAGCCGACCCAGUGAGCAAAAGAAGCAGAGGUUCAAGUUUCACUACGAGCUGAAGGACGCCAGCUUUGAAUAUCAUAAACUGCCAGUGAAAACAGAGCAGUUAAAGACUCCACCGCCACACGGUAUCGAAGUGUUCUCCGGUAAUGCCUACUUUGUCUUGUCCCGGGACUUUGUUGUACACAUGAACUCCUCAGUUGUGGUGAAGGAUUUCUUGGCGUGGUCAGAUGACACCUACUCUCCAGACGAACAUUUCUGGGCCACACUUGUGCGACUGCCAGGUGUGCCUGGAGAGGUGCCCAGAUCCCAGCCUGAUAUCACUGACCUGAUGAGUAAGACCAGGCUGGUGAAGUGGCACUACCUGGAGGAGAAACUUUACCCAGCCUGCUCAGGGCAACAUGUCCGCAGUGUUUGUAUUUUUGGUGCAGCGGAAAUGCGUUGGUUGCUCAACUACGGUCACUGGUUCGCCAAUAAGUUCGAUCCCAAAGUGGACCCCAUUCUCAUUCAGUGUCUUGAGGAGCAGCUGCAGGAAAGACAAAAGUUAUUUCAAUUAGCAGCAACUCACAACUGUCCAAAGGUUUGACCAAAAGCUACAGUAUAAUGUAGAGUAGCAAUGACUUCAUUUUUUGCCAGAAAGACAAAAAAAGACAAUACUCCUACAGAGCUGUUUACAUGGCUAAUGGACAUGAAUACUCCACUUAUAUCCCCAUGUACAUGCAGCCGUGCAUACUCUGGCCAUUUUGUUUCUUUGCAUCAAAAUAGGAUUUUCUCAAAGUUUUCCCUCCCUGGUGGACUUAUUCGACUGUGUGCCUCCCUCUUACAUUCCUUUAGCCACCUUCUUGAAAAGGUUGGCGUUGCGAUAUUUGCACAUAUACAAAAACCUGUCGAUAUCCAAGUCUUUCAUAAUGUUUAAAAGUAGAUGUGUUUCUCCCUCCAACCAGAAACAUGGGCGUUUUUUGGCAUGCAUCUCUACCCCGCCUUGCAAACUGUUGGCUAGUUGGUUUACGUACAACGCACAGAGCUGACCGUAAGGAGGCAACAGGUAGUGAGUCGCAACCUGUAGUAAAAUACAUGUCCAAAAAAUGUUCUUAAAUGCUGAAUGGUAUCGGCCUAAAUCAUGUAGGGAUGUCAGCCAAUAACCGUUAAUUGGUUAACCGCUGAAAAUAUUUUUGACCGGUUACUCAUGUCAGUCUGCUGGUUACCUUUACGUAUUUUCUCAUCAGCAGUGACACAGAUGGAAGUCUGCACCUGGUUUAUCGUCCACACAGGCUGCAGUGAGAGUCUCUCUCCAUGGGAUAUUUUAAAAAAAAACAGCUUUGUGCAUUUAGUCCUUCUCAGGCAAGCUCAGGGGUUUAGUGUUGCUGUAGCCCACAGGAACGACACUCCACGAUAUUUUGUAUUUUGUUUUGUUUUGUAUUGGAAGAUCCACUCUUUGAUAAAAGUGUACAUCAUCUAAGAGAGACAAUAACUUCAACUCAUGCAUUGGGUAACAUUACAAGUUAAUGUUCCACCUUAAAACCACCCCUUUCUGUGGGUGCGUUUGGUAAUACUUUGAUAAUAGCUAAGUUAGUGGUUUGAAAUGCAGUGUUAAAGCUCACUGAGUCAAUGGAGCGCCACACUAAAGGAAGGGACAUGCUAAAUGAUAGCCAGCUGUUGCGUCGCCGUGUCUCAGCCAAAAAGUUGCACAUGAACACACCGCAAAGACCACAGCCGACAGCCAACCAGCACAUACGUUCUGCGCCUGCAUGAGAGGAAAUCAUUUCACUCAAGAAGACGGCGGUAGUCUGCAUUUGUUAUUGAAAAAGGGAAACUUGAAGACUGUCUUGAUGCUAGUUAGCCAGUUAGCACAUCAACAGCGCAAUUCAGUGGUGAAAGAACAGAGCGAGUUUGCCGUGUGCCAGUGACCAAAAACACAAACCAUCAUGAAACAUUUCUGCUAAAGAGCUUGGUGGCAAAAAAAAAAUUUUUUUUACCUUAUAUAACAAGUUUGUUUCAGCCUCACUUCCUCUGGACUUUAGUCGUUUGUUUACUUUCCUCACUUCUGUUUCUCUUCUUGUGCGCUGAGCUGAACUGACAGAGUGAGUUAAUUUACUGACGGGCUCUGCCAUUGCCGUCGCUGAUUCAACAUGCUGAGUCGGCCAAAAAAAAGCAGACGGGGGCUGAUGAGGUCCCGCACAGACUGGGGCAACAGACGCUCACCAGUAGCCUAACAUUGACCAAUGGCCGACAGUCAGUUGGCGUGUCGUGGCCUUUACUGUGACAUCAUCAUGUUCUGCAUGAAACCCUUUUCUGGCCAUUACGCAACAUCAUAUCUCAGGAACAGAAGGAGAAGUAUCUGGUGAAACUAAUCUUGGGCAUCCAACUUGAAACUGAUUAUAUUGAUGUUCUGCUUUUUUUGAAUUUGAUGUGUCAUUGUCUUGGGUUUUUGGCAGUUAUGAAAGGCAUUUCAGUUUGUUGUUUUAUAAACCUAAUGAUUAAUUAAUAAUGAAAAUAAUCAUUGAAACCUUAAUAAACAAAACAACAUGACAUUGUGGA